AUGCGCGCGCGAACGCGAACGCGAACGCAAUCGCGAACGCAAUCGCGAACGCAAUCGCAAUCGAACGCGCGCCAACGCGCGACGGCGCCGACGGUGCUGGUGCCGAUCGCGCGCGGCAGCGAGGAGAUGGAGACGGUGAUCAUCGUCGACGUCCUGCGACGCGCGGGCGCGGACGUGACGGUGGCGUCGAUCGAACCUGGGGACGACGACGAGACGCGGCGAGACGACGACGACGACGCCGCGAGACGCGACGACGCGGUGGAGUGCUCGAGAGGGGUGCGAAUCGUCCCGGACGCGCGCCUGCGAGAUCUCGCGCGCGUGGAGACGAGGGCGUGGGAUCUGAUCGCGCUGCCGGGAGGGAUGCCCGGCGCGGCGAAUCUGGCGAAAUCUGAACGGUUGACGCGCGCGCUGACGAGGCAGAUGGAGACGCCGGGCGCGCUCGUCGCGGCGAUGUGCGCGUCGCCGGGCGUCGUGUUGGCGCCGCGCGGCAUGCUCGACGGUUUGGCGUGCACCGCGCAUCCCGCGUUCGUGAAGGAUUUACCCUCGGACGCGAGCGCGAACGGUCGCGUCGUCGUCGACGGCGACGUCGUCACCUCGCGCGGUCCGGGCACCGCGCUCGAGUUCGCGUUGGCGCUCGCGGAGAAGCUCUUCGGCGCGGAUAAGGCGCGCGAGGUCGCGGCGCCGAUGGUUUUACCUCCCAUCGACCAUUCCAGUCCGCGCGUGGCGAACGAGUGGCGUUUACUCGACGCCGAGGUCGUGUGA